GGGAGGACUGUUUAAAGCGGCGAGGGAACUGGAAUGCUGCACAGACAGUCACAAGAGACACUGCUCAGAGCUGCCCAGGAAUGAGUGCGUCCCACUGCUAGUGAGAGCUGCCGCCGCCGCCGCUACAGUUGUCUCUCCCUGAAACUGCAGAGAUGUUGCAUCCUCCUUUCCCUCACUGCUUUUUAGUUGCACUGUUGCUGCUGCUAGUAGCUGCUGGAGGGGGGACCGAAGCCGGGAAGCCGCAGAGAGACUGCCCGUCCAUUUGUCAUUGCGAGGAGGAUGGCAUGCUCCUCCGAGUUGACUGCUCGGACCUCGGGCUCACGGCUCUGCCUGCAAACCUGAGCGUCUUCACAUCGUACCUUGAUCUCAGCAUGAACAACAUCACCCAACUGCCCGUGAGUGCCCUUUUUAACCUCCACUUCCUAGAAGAGCUGCGUCUUGCAGGAAAUGACUUGACACACAUCCCUAAGGGAGCCCUGUCUGGCCUUUUCAAUCUUAAAGUGCUAAUGCUACAGAACAAUCAGUUAAGACAGGUCCCUAGCGAAGCACUGCAGAAUCUCCGUAAUCUCCAGUCUCUGCGUUUGGAUGCCAAUCACAUCUACAGCGUUCCGCACAACAGCUUCUCUGGCUUGAGUUCCCUGCGGCACCUCUGGCUGGACGACAACUCCCUGACGGAGGUUCCAGUGCAGGCUCUCAGCAGCCUGUCCUCCCUGCAGGCCAUGACAUUAGCCCUGAAUAAAAUAACACGCAUACCUGACUAUGCCUUCGCAAACCUUUCCAGUCUGGUUGUCUUACAUCUCCAUAACAAUAGAAUUCACUCCCUGGGAAAGAAAUGCUUUGAUGGGCUUCACAGCCUUGAGACUUUGGAUUUAAACUACAAUAAUCUGGAUGAAUUUCCAACUGCCAUCAAAGCCUUGAUAAAUCUUAAGGAACUUGGUUUUCAUAGCAACAACAUUAAGUCGAUCCCAGAAAGAGCUUUUAUGGAAAACCCUUCUCUCAUAUCAAUAUUUUUCUAUGACAACCCUAUCCAGUUUGUUGGAAAAUCUGCUUUCCAGCACUUACCCGAACUGAGAACGCUGUCACUAAACGGAGCCACAGAAAUCACUGAGUUUCCUGACCUCACAGGGACCAAGAGUCUGGAGAGCCUGACCCUGACCGGGGCGCGGAUAAGCGCUCUUCCCGCAGAGAUGUGCGAGCAGUUACCGAACCUUCAAGUUCUAGAUCUGUCUUACAACCUGAUUCAGGACCUGCCCACUUUUAAUGGUUGUGAAAGGCUCCAGAAAAUUGACCUACAGCACAACGAAAUUCAAGAAAUCCAGACCAACACGUUUCAGCACCUGACUGCUCUGAGAUCGCUUGACCUGGCUUGGAACAAGUUAUGUGCAGUUCAUCCCAAUGGAUUCUCCCAUCUGCCUUCGUUAAUCAAGCUGGAUCUCUCAUCUAACCUCCUCUCCUCUCUUCCUGUCACUGGACUGCACGGAUUAACACACCUUAAAUUAGCAGGCAACACAGACCUCCAGGAGCUAUUAUCUGCGGAAAACUUUCCAAAACUGAGGGUUAUGGAGAUGCCGUACGCUUUCCAGUGCUGUGCAUUCGUAUCCUGUGAAAACCACAACAAAAUGUCCAAUCCUUGGGACAAAGACGAGACCCGUAGCACCGACCACUUUGUCAAGAAGGACAGCGGCAUUCUGCUCAGUCAGGAAGAACAUGACUUUGAGGACUUCCUUCUUGACUUUGAAGAAGACCCAAAAGCUCACCACUCUGUCCAGUGCACCCCAGCACCAGGUCCGUUCCGGCCCUGUGAUCACCUGUUUGGCAGCUGGUUAAUUCGCACCGGAGUGUGGAUUAUAGUGGUGCUGUCACUUGUGUGCAAUGGUCUGGUGGCUGUAACUGUCUUCGUUUCACCAACCUACAUAUCUCCAGCUAAGCACCUCAUAGGGCUGCUUGCAGUUGUCAACAGCCUAAUGGGGCUUUCAAGUGGUGUCCUGGCUGUCGUCGAUGCCUUAACCUUCGGCAGCUUUGCCAAAUACGGGGCGUGGUGGGAAAGCGGAAUUGGCUGCAGGAUCACAGGGUUCAUGUCAGUCUUCAGCUCUGAGACGUGCACCUUUUUACUGACGACCGCUGCGCUGGAACGUGGCCUCUCCAUAAAGUGCGCCAAAAAACUGGAGUCCAAGUCCACCAAGAGCAACGUCAAGAUCGUUUCCGCUUUCUGCUUCAUCCUGGCUUUGGCCAUCACUGUCCUGCCCCUGCUCCACGUGGGCGAGUACGGGAUCUCCUCCCUGUGUUUGCCUUUGCCUUUCGGGGAGCCAUCUAGCCUGGGCUUCAUGGUGGCCUUGGUUCUGCUCAACUCGCUCUGCUAUUUCGUGAUGACCGUCACCUACACCAGGCUGUACUGCAGCCUGGAGAAGGGCGAGCUGGACAACUUCUGGGACUGCUCCAUGAUCAAGCACGUGGCCUGGCUGCUCUUCGCAAACUGCUUCCUUUACUUCCCCGUCGCCUUCCUGUCCUUCUCCUCCCUGCUCAACCUGUCCUUCAUCAGCCCCGAAGUGAUCAAGUCCAUCCUCCUGGUCAUUGUCCCACUUCCGGCCUGCCUGAACCCCUUGCUUUACAUGUUGUUCAACCCGCACUUCAAGGAGGACCUCGGCAUCCUGCUAAAGCAGACGCAGCUGUUAAAUAAAUCCAAGCAGAGCAGCUUGGUCUCCUUGAACUCAGAGGAUGCAGAGAAGCAGUCUUGCGACUCCACCCAGGCGCUGGUCACCUUCACAAGGUCAGAAAACCCAGGUGAUGCACCAGAGAGCAAGUCUGUCUCGUCUGCCUCCCAGAUCAUUGAAGCUUGCCACUCCCAAUCAGCAGCGUCUGUUCCCUGCCACUAGAAAAAAAACAUGAAUAUCCUGUAGCUGUCGUUGCUAUCUGACUUUAUCUUUGGGAUUAAAAACUCAUUGUAGGUUCCUCAAUAAAUCUGUGAAAGCUGCCAGACCAUGCACUCAGUAAGUUAACAUGACGUAACAAGUCUUUUUGCAACAUUUUUACACCAGUUAACAGACCAGUGCUUCUCAGAUCUGGUCUGCCAAGAUUAUGAACCGUUACACCUCAGUCCUCAAUACCCAUUUUGAAUUGACAUUGCUUUCCCAUGAACAAAAUACAGCUCACAGAAUCUUGGACAUUAGCUAAUACGUGGCAAUUAUUCUGUGUAGCUGCAAUGCAAAUAAGAGCCUGGAGGUUGAAACACAAGCCAGGGCUUGUAAGGCUUGUAAGGUGAUCCUUGAGAACUGCUGCUGAGAAGAGCACUGCGCACUGUGGACUAAUUACCAACAUUAUUGCUGCCUGCCUGCCUGCCUGCCUGCCUGCCUGUCUCUCUCUCUCUCUCUCUCUGUCUGCUCAGAACUACAGAGGCUCAGCUGGGUUUGCUAGACAUGGGCUUAUAUCUUUGUGAUGUUUUCUAUUUCCUCUGCUGUUCUUCAGCCCAUGUACGGUACAUUUCAUUGUAGCAACUUAGCUCUGUAUGUUUCAUAUUAACUUACCUACACCCUGGAAACACUCCUGAACACUUAUAUGAGACUUACGUCUACCCUAAACCAAAACUUCCUAAGGCUUGGACUCACAACCAACCUCCAUUCCAAAGGCACUUGUCUGAACCUUCAUUGUAGCUUUGUACUGGAACGUACACAGCACGUGCGAACAUGCUGUACAGCAUUGUACAACAUUCAAAUAAAUGUUACCUUUGUAAAAGUGCAGCGCAGUGUAAUAAAGCAGAUAAAAGUAAGUUAAAUCAUACAUAAGCAUUGUCAGACCCAUAGAGGUAUGGUAAAGCCUAUAUAAAAUAAAAACAAGACAAACCAUGGUAAAUGUAAAGGUCCUUACAUUCGUGUUCUGAUGUGUACUCAAUCAAGGAGUUUAUUCUUCAGCUCGACAAAAACAAUUCAGGACUGAAAGGGUUACCAUGGCAUGAAGUAAGACCCUAUUUUCUAUUCUGAUGCAUGUCUGAUCAGUGCAACUAAACCUCUAUACGGUACUAUCAAAUAUACUGGCAAACCGAAUUUUACAAUCAUACAGAACAUGCUGGUCUUGCUUUGUUUAACAGGGUAAAAAAAAAACACCUCUAUUACUGUAACAAGCUCUAUACUGUCCUAUGUAAGGUAACUGGUGUGUUUUUUUUUUUUUUAUACUUGCUCUUUACAAUGUAAGUUUUUUUUUUCAUCUCUUACUUCACUGCAAUUCAGUUGGUAAGCUUUAGUAUUGAUUUGAAGUUCGGUGUGUUUGAACAGUAUAUGAAGUUAUGUCUAUAUGUUGAGUUUGGUUAUUUGUAAGUGGCAAUGAACAAUGAAGACUUGACACUUGAAUAAAUCCCAAAUUAAAUGCUACCA